CCCAUCGGACUGGACAGCGAUGGACAUGAUUUUCGGUUUACUGCUUCAGUGAAGUACCUAAUUCCUGUCGGGAUAUCUUGCUGUGGAUUUCAUUAAAAAUAUCUGUCACUUUUAUGGAAGAAUGGUGGCUGAGAGAUCCAGCAUCAACAACCCCUUUAUGGUUCCUUCCCGUCUGUGCGUCCUCGCUCCAAAUUUUCGCCUCACACACACGGGAAACAUUUCACGUCAACAUUUCCUGCCUGCCGCGAUCCCCAAUCCGUCUUAGCGUCAUACAUCCCAGCCCAUGUCCGAAAUUUUUCCAACCCUUCCAAAGCAUCCGUUGCAAAUUGGAAACAUUGGACGCCCGUCAUCCAUCACCGACUUUUUUCCUUUCCGUCUGCCCACUACAUCGCUGUCGUGUGUGCUCGUCGUCUUCUCCCCUUACCCAGUCUUUCCUUUGGGCCAUUCAGCAACCGUAGCAAUUGCUAUUCGAUGAGCAGGUGAAGAAGUCGAGGUGCAAAAAAGAAGGAAGGGACCGUGAAUACUGCUGGGAGUUGCUACCCCUCGACGCUUCCUAAUUGACGGAUCUCCAAUCGGAACGGAAAGCGCGAGAAGGGCAUUUACCACGUGUACCAAGUAGCUUCUAGGAAACAGAAGCAUCCGC